UCACACUUAAACAGCCAGCUGUUUCCCGCGUUUUUGAUUCGCGAAUUGCAAUUGGCGAAAGUGCAGCGGGAGCGGAAAAUCGCGCAAGCCAUAAGAAAAACAGCAAAAUGCAACGCCUCCCAGUCAUCUAGAAGUCACACUCCGCUUACCACAAACCACUAAAGAAGCCUUAAGCCCCUAAAACCAACGAGAUCCCCAGUGUUUUGUUAGGAUCACACACUCGACGCUCUCGCCAGGAUUUACGAUGUUUGUGCAGGACCUGCGCAACGAUUUUUACCGCCAGCUGGUGGGCAAACGGAUCUUGAUCGUGGUCAACUAUGACAUCGAUGCCAUCUGCGCCAGUCGCAUCCUGCAGGCUCUGUUCAAGUACGACCAUAUGCUCUACACAGUGGUGCCCAUCAUGGGCGUCACUGGUCUGAAGCGGGCCUACGGGGAGCACCAGGGUGAUGUGAAGUACGUGGUGCUGGUUAACUGCGGCGGCUGUGUGGAUAUUGUGGAGCUGCUGCAGCCGGCUGAGGAUGUGACCUUCUUCAUCUGCGAUUCCCACCGUCCUUUGGAUGUCUGUAAUAUCUACAGUGAUCGGCAGGUGUGCAUCCUGGGGGAUGCUUCCCUGGAGGAAAACAUUCCAGCCUUUGAGACCAUAUUCUACGACUCUGAAGGGGAGGAUGAAGAUGAGGAGGAGGGCGAAUCCUCCGACCAGGAGCAGGGAAACAAUGACAGUGGUGCCGGGGAAUCCGACCAGGAAGAUCAUGCGCCGCAAAAACAAAAGCUCAGUCGCCUGGAGCGGCACGAGCAGAGAAUCCUGCGGCAGCGAGCCCGCCGGCAGUGGGAAUCGGAGCGCGACAGGAUCAUGUUUGAGUACACUCAGUUCAGCUACUACGGCAGAUCCGCCUCCUUGCUGGUUUUCGAGCUGGCCUGGAAACUCUCGAAGGACAACAUGGACCUACUCUGGUGGGCCAUCGUGGGCAUCACAGAGCAGCUGCUGCUGGGGAAAAUCGAGAGUGGAUCGUACACUUUGGAGCUGGAGCAGAUCCAGUCGCAUGUGUCGCGGCUGACAAACAAGACGAAUGACCAGAACACGAUGAGUGCCUCGAAAAUCAGUUUCGAGAAUGACUUGCAUCUGGUUUUGUACCGCCACUGGCCGGUCACGGAGUCCAUGAGGUAUUCCCGCUACGCCUCAUGCCAAUUGAAACUGUGGACGCUGCGCGGCGAGAAGAGACUGCACGAACUACUGCUCGAGAUGGGAUUGCCCUUGGUGCACGCCCGCCAAACGUACGGAGCCAUGGAUUUGGUUCUCCGGAAAGAGUUCUACUCGAUGGUGGAGCGCCUAGCAGAGAAAUACGACAUACCGGACAUUGUCUAUGGAACCUUUACCCUGAGCUACGGCUACCGGAGCAGAUAUGCUGCGGCGGACUACGUAUACGCCCUGCUGGCCAUCAUGGAGUCUGUGAAGAAGCACAAGACACCGGAGGAUUGCUUUCUGGAGGCCUUCGAUGCUCUAAGUCGCCAGCACAAGCAGCUCUUGACGGCGGGAAUCGAUCAGGCGAAACUCCUGCAUGCCGCCGUUUUUAGGCAGGUGCAGAGCAGCCUGGAGGCACGCCAGGUGCACUCGGCUGGGUCCUUUUUCUACUAUGUCCUGCAGGAGGAGCACGCAUUCUUCUCAUACCCAUAUGCCCUGGGACAGCUGGCCCGCUUCCUUUUGCGCGGACAUGUGGCGACGAGUAGAGCCAGACAGGCGCCGGAUUUGCCGCUGAUCGCUAGCUGUCCUUUGGACGCGGCCCAGGGCAUGUGUCUGCUGGUUGGGAUCGCCCCGGUCAGGGAGGAUUCUCCGAGGACCUUUUUUGGCAAGGCCUUCGAGCAGGCGGCGCAAAAGAGCGGCGUUGCCCUGCUGCAGGAUUUCUUUGAGCCUGCUGUGGUGCAGCUGCGACAGAGCGACCUGACCCGCUUUCUAGAUGCCCUCACCGUGCUCCUCACCUGAUCCACAUAUUCUUCAUCCUGCUACCCACAUCCCUGCUCAAUCAUAUAUAUGUUCUAAGCUAAUAUUUAAGACGAGAGACCUUACAUGUACACUUAAGCUAAGAUUUUAAGCAAACCCUAUUUAUGUGCGAUUAUAAUGUGUUAUUGACUUCGAAACUGCGCCCAGGACCCCAAGAAUAUUGCUUAAGAAAUGAUUUUUUUUCUAAAACUAUUGUUAAUCUGACCAGAAUAAAUUGCGUAUAUGUUUAAAGUGUU